AUGGGAUUUGUCACCUACUUCAGCCUUUGCCUUCUUGGAAUCCUGGUUUCUAGUCCUGCCAAGGCUGCCUGUCCUAAUGGAUGGCUGGCAAAUCAGGGCAACUGCUACGCAUAUAUUGAAACGAGGACGACGUGGGCUGAUGCUGAGAUUGAGUGCCAGAGCUAUGGCCGCGGGGUCCAUCUUGCCUCCAUCCUCAAUCAGAAAGAAUCUUCCAUUAUAGCCAAGUACAUCUUAACAUACCAGAAAACACGUACAGAUGUCUGGAUUGGACUCUAUGAUCCUUUGCAAAAUAGGAAGUGGAAAUGGGCUGAUAAUUCUCCCUUCAAUUUCAAAAGCUGGAAUUUAAACCAGCCAGGCAUGUUUGUUCAAUCUGCAAAGAAGUUUUGUGUAGAGCUGGAGGAACAGAAAGGAGUUUUAUAUAAGAAUGGGCACCACAGCCUGAGACGCCAACUUGCCACAGCAGAAAGCAGCAUCCACCACCUCAACGGGAAGGAGCUUGGGUAA